CAAUGAGCCCUUUAACUUUAACUAAUUUUCUGCACCGACCCGCGAAAUGGAAAAUGAAAAUGUAAUAUAGUACUACUAGGAGAUCAGUUCUUCUUUCGAUUUCCCCUUUGAUUCCGUCAUUCCCAUUUACACCACUUCUGAUUCCCUUUGAAAAUUUCACAACAUAUCCUUUAAGCAAAUUAUAUUUUUUCUGCCCAUAUUUAUAAGUUGAAGAAAAGUAGAUUCAGAUUGAAUUGUGUAAUUGGGUAUUCAAAGUAAUCGAAUUUGAAUAAAAAAGAUGGAUUCUGCAAUACCCGCUUCUCAAUCGGAAGAGGGGAAGCGAGAGGAGGAGGCAGAACCCAAAGAAAUGGCGCACAAGACUAAGGUUAUUCAAUUCUUGGGCCGAACCACACCAAUUAUUCUCCAAAACGACAAUGGCCCAUGUCCACUCCUUGCUAUCUGUAACGUGCUAUUGUUGAAGAACAACUUGAACUUGAGUCCUGAUAUUCCUGAGGUUUCACAGGAGAAAUUGCUUUCUCUUGUUGCUGAGCGGCUGAUAGAUUCAAACAGUAAUGUCAAUGACAAAGAUGAAGGGUAUGUAGAAAAUCAGCAACAGAAUAUUGCUGAUGCAAUUGAUUUGCUUCCUAGACUUGCCACUGGUAUUGAUGUAAAUAUAAAAUUCAGGAGAAUUGAUGACUUUGAGUUCACUCGUGAAUGUGCAAUAUUUGAUCUUUUGGAUAUUCCACUUUAUCACGGUUGGAUAGUUGAUCCACAGGAUCAUGAUACUGCAAAUGCAAUUGGAUCAAAGUCGUAUAAUACUUUGAUGGGGGAGCUUGUUGCCCUUGAAACCCAAAAUAUGGACACUGGGAAUAAGAAAAAUUCUGAAGAUGAUGAUGUUGAUUUUGCUGCUGCUACAACUGCAGCACUAGGGGUACCUUCUCCAUGCCUUUCGAGAGGGAGAUCAUUUGAAGAUUCUCCUGUUUCUAUUACCGAUAACCAUACAGCCAGAAAAGGAGAUAUUGAAGAAGAAGCAGAGCUGUUGAGAGCCCUUCAAUUAUCUGAAACUUCAUUAGUAGAAACUGAUGGACUGAAUUCCUUAGGUGAGAUAGCAAAUCUAAAGUGUCCAGAGCCGAUGGUUCCUACCAAGACUUCAGAAGGAAAUGAUAUUGAGACGACACAACCAGUUUUGCAGCAUGAAGCAUUGAUACCCACAGAAGUAUUAGUAUCUAACGAUAGAGAUCCAAAUAGUUCCCAAAUAGUCUCCGGAGCAGCGAUUAAUUCAUCCCUGAAAAUUGAUCAGGAAACCCCUUCCCAAGAACUUGGAAAUGCAAAACUGCUGGCUGAAAAUGAGAGUGUACCUCUUGAGUCAGGACAAGUUUCUUCAUCUGCUUGUGAAAAUCAUGAGCAUCUUUUUGGAGGUAUGAAUGGCAUUCAGGGAACACACACUAUUGCUGGAAAUGCGAAUGCAGCUGAACCUAAUCAUCAAGUUGGUUGUGAUGCGUUUGAUUCAUCUAGUUCCUCAAUACCAUCUGCAGUCUCAGAUUCAUCGGGUGGCAGACGACAUGACACAGAUGAACCUGAAACCUUUAAUUCUUCCAUCGAUGAUGAUGAGCCCAUUUAUGAAGGAGAGGAUUGCAUAUUGGAGUCAGCAACCACCAGUUACCAAAGUCGAGAGCCUAUGUAUGAAGGUGAGGUGGUUCUUGCUGAACAAGUGAAUGGAGGCAGUACAGAUGUGCCUGAGACAAUUGUGAAGGAUGAAAUCACACAGAGAGAAGGGGAACUGGUGAGGAACUUUCUGAAGAACAGUGCAAGCCAAUUAACAAUCUUUGGAUUAUUUUCCUUGCAAGAGGGUUUGAAAGAGCGGGAACUUUGUGUUUUCUUCAGGAAUAAUCAUUUCAACACCAUGUUUAAGUUUGAAGGCGAACUAUAUAUUUUGGCCACUGACCAGGGAUAUAUAAAUCAGUCUGAUUUAGUAUGGGAGAAACUCAAUGAGGUUAAUGGAGACACGAUAUAUGUGACUGGAAACUUCAAGGAGUUCAAGGUCGAAGAUAAUUCCAACACCACAUGGGAUCAACGGAGUGCUAUGGCCAGUACUGCAGACUAUCUGGCAAACAUGGACAAUUCAGGACAAGGACAUCCAACUUUCAAUUCUGAUUUACAAUUGGCAAUAGCUCUUCAGCAACAGGAAUUUGAGCAACAGCAACAGGCACCACAGAGAAAUCAAAACCCCCAACAACAAGCUGUAAAUGGUGCGUCGAGAUUGAUUACUGGUCCUCAGGUACCAAGGAGCAAACCUACAUCUUCGUCAGCCAGGCCGGAGCCAAAGUCAUCAAAAGACAAGUGUAUUGUGAUGUAAGGACUGCAAUUUUUAAGUUUGUUUGUAAAGUAGAAAACGCCUUCUUUUCCUAAUGACUCUCAUGUUAAUCAAAACAACACUUUUUUUUAAUUUAAGUUGCAGUUUUCAACUUUCUGUAUAGAAGGUAUAUAUCAGGUCAUUUCUGGUUAAUGACAAAAAGUCAAAGAUCUUUCCUUUUUAAUGGAAUGACCCUAUUUUGUUGGUGAAA